AUCUCUUUUGGUUCAUUUGGAGAAUGGCUACUUUGGCCGAGGUUUCGACCAGUUCUGUCCACAUCUGCAACACUACAAUACGUAUGUGGACAACGUCUAUAAUGCCAACAAAGUGCUUGGGAUCCAGCUGAAGAAAAACAAGGCCUUCAGACGUUUUAAGAAACUACAGGAAACACGACCAGAGUUCAACAACCAUAAGCUGGAGGACCUGCUCCAACUUCCCAUUCAGCGGAUUGAUCAGUAUAAACAUUUCUUACAAGACCUGACUGCAAACAUAAGUCCAGACAAUCCAGAGUUUCAGCAGCUCUCCAGGGCGGUCACGGCGGUGUGUGAGGUGUCCCAGCGUAUCCAGAACAACACCCGGCGCCAUGAGAACCACCUGCAGCUCUGCCGGGUGCAGAAACUGCUAAAGGGACGAAAGACAAAGGUGCUGUCUGCAGAACCUGGCCUUCACGUUGAUCUGCUCGUCCUGCCAAUCUCCCCAAGGACCAAUUAAAGCCCAGUCUCAUCUCACGGACCAGCAGAUAAAAAGGAAGCUGGAGUGUGUUUGCUGGAAGUGAACAUGUGUGUGAAGCCAUGAGUGUGUGUGUUUGCUUGGCUAUGCAGGCUUGCUUUGUGUGUGUAUUUAUGGAUGUGUUGAUGUAGGCUGGGAGCGAGCACUGAAUAGCAGCUCAUCUCUCUAAUGCCGAUGUGGGAAGUUUCAAAAGCUUCCUCUCAUCCAAGCUCUCAGGCUCUCGCAACUCCGCCGGCUUCCUUUCCAGCCAAUAAAGCCUCGGUCCCACCAGACAGACUUCAGAGCGGCAACAGCACCACCCCGCCCUUGCAACCCCAUGCCGACCCAUUCUACUUCCUUCCCACCAAUACCACCUCUAAUGUGGGUAAAAGAAAAGCGCUGCCUUUUACAGAUGAGAGGCAUCAGAUCCUCUCAAACAUAUUAAGUAGCUCUGUAGGAGAUGAGGGGGGCGAUUGUGAGACACAAAGCCUGAAUCAAUGGGACAUUGAUACAGCAGACAGUCAGCCUGUUUCCCUGGGAGGCUGCAUAUUUGUGUCUGCCAGCCUGUUCCUUCAAUUUAAAACCAAGAUGUUUUACAUUUUCUAUUUUGUCUCACAUUGAUUUUUUUCCAAUUUAUAUCCCUUUAUGCCCCUGACUGCACGUAAUUGUGUUUUGUUUUUUGUCAUUUUUAUGUAUUUCAUUUUUGUCUCAGGUGUCUAGAGCUCAAUUAGACUACCUUAUGAAAUUAAGCAUUAUUAUAAGUUUGGGAGGGAAACAAGAGAGACAAAUGAAGAAACAUUUCCUUGUUUUGUCGUUGUAUUCCCUGUUUCCUUUGAAAAUUUUCCUCCUACACAGACCCAUCAAAUUUUGUCUCCUUUUUAGUGCUGAAACAUUUAUAUGAUUUAUCGUCAGUCACAUAAAAUGACCAGUGAGUCAUUUAAGUCACUCCAGCUUCUCCAAUGUGAGGAUGUGAGGUGCCUCUGUCCAGUUUAUAUCAUUAUGAAAUUAAUAUCUUUGUAUUUCAGACCACUGUUCAUCUUGGGGAAUUCUGGUGAAGUCUAAUGAGUAGUUUUUUUUUUUUUUAAACAAUGUUCUGACAUUUCAUAUUGACAAUUGACAAUUGUUUGAACUUGUCACUAGGCCCUGCAGUGGGAACCAGGCAGUGCGAUCAUAAAUGUAUUGGGCCCCAUGACAGGAAACACCAUUCUCCAGUCUUAACCUUUAACAUACCUUUAAGCUGCUUUAAACUCCUACUGUCACCCAAGCAAAGAACAGAAACGUGGCAGCUUGACCCAGCCUGUAAAUGCGGAAUGAUUGUUGGAUGUUGAGAUCUUCUACUUGUUUGUGUUUUUGUUUAUUCCUUGACUGAACCUCUUUGCUCAUUGUAGCUCAUUCUCUACUAAUGUGACUGAAUUGCACCUACACAUACUAGGCUAACUAGCACACUACCUGAGCCACUAUAUAACCACUCUUGUACAACCACCAUCCUAGCAAGCAACUGAUCAUGUACCUUUGUUUGAAGUAUCAUGAGUUAACAUUCACUGUACUAUCCUAUCUUUGCCCACUCACUCAUUUUUGAAAACCGUACAUUAUACUCACAGUUUCACUUUGU